GGCGCUUGCGCCCACCUCAGUUUGACAGUUCUUCGUGUUACGUCUUUUUCACAAACGUUGUUUUCGUAAUUUUUCCAAUCCGCCGUGAAUUUCCGCUUUUUUCAUGUUUAUUGUCCUUCCGCCGCAACUCUAGCCUUGUUCUCGUGUUCGCGGGCCGUGUGGGGGCCCAGUAUGUAGUAUUAAGUCGAAAACACGAAGUGUAAUUUGUUGGAAUUGUUAAUACACCAAAAUGGCCGCAAUCGACCCUUCCCGAUAUAACGAGCUGUGCAGACUUUGUGCCGCAACAACCACGAUGAUUCUGGCGGUCCACAUAUUCCAAAACGACGGAAUAAUAAGCCAAUUGCGGAAAAAAAUCGAAUCUUGCCUUUCCAUUCAAGUGCACGAAUCCGACGAGCUUCCCAAGAUGGUGUGCGAGAACUGCAUCUAUAAGCUCAACUUGUUGGCGGAGUUUAAGGAGAAGACGAUUCUCACGGAGAGGGUGUUGAUAGAUUUGUUGAAGCAGAUCAAUUCCAGCAAGCAGAGCAUGGGGGUUGUGCCCAUGGAGCACGAGCUGAUCAUGACGCAGAACCAGCAGAUCUUGGCCAACCAUGGCAUGGGUGGGGUUGAUGAGAUUGAUUUGGCUCACUUGGGGCCCAGGGAGCAGCUGAUUGUGGGACAUGAGAUCAUUUUGACCCAUCAGAGUGUUGAUAUCAAUGGUCACCCUCUUGAAAACAUUAAUUUGAACCACCAUGAGUUAAACCAGGACAUUUCUAACCACAGUUUGCAAACGCAGGACUCAAUUUUGGUGGAGAAUGGUAGUGCGAGGUUUGCCGGUGAUAAUUUAGAUUUAAUUCCGCAUCAGCAGUUGUUGAAUGAGCAGUUUCGGUUGCAACACGAGUUGCAUGUUAAUAUGAGCGCUGAAAAUACCGUUGAUGGGAUUACUUUAAGUGGGGGUUUGGAUAAUACUGUGGUUCACUCAAAGAUACAACACGAUGAAAAUACUUAUCAUAUUCACAAUGAAAAAGACAGUUUAGAUUAUCAUUCAAACUCUGAGAAUUUAAGUGUUAAAUUAGAAUCUCCAAAACUUGAAGAUAGCAACAGUAACAACUCUCUAUUGAUUGAUGAACGUUUAAAUCAUGUCAAUGAAUCGGAUAAUCAAAUUUUUUUGGCUGAAACUGCGAAUAUUUGUGACCAAUAUCAAAAUCAAAAAGACGACAGUUAUGAAGUGCAUUACGAGACACAGUUUCUUAAGUGUAACAUUUGUUUUGCUGUUUUUCCCAAUAAUGAGGUUUUAAAUGCACAUAGAAAGGAGGCUCAUGGUAGUACAGAGGAAGUUAAGGAAAUCAAAACGCGAUUAAAAAGAGCAACUUUACCGAUUAAGAACAAAAACCCCGACAGUAACAGCGACGAUAGCGGCGGCGACUUUGCUGAUGAUCCUGAACAGACUGAAGAGGACGAAAAUGAAGAUAACUUGCAAAUAGCAGUGCCAGAGAAAGGCACAAGUAAGAAAAAAAUUUGGUCGCCUAAAGUGUGUACAGAGUGUGGUAAAUCGUACAAAACAAACUACAAAUUAAAUGAACAUAUGAGAAAGCACACCGGGGAAAAGCCGUACAAAUGCAACGAUUGCGAGAAAGAAUUCCGGUCGAAAAUAGGUCUAGCACAACAUGCCGCCAAACACACGGGAAAAUAUGAUUAUGCUUGUUCAAUUUGCGGCAAAGGCUUCCAGUGCAAGAGUUAUUUGAUGGUUCAUCAAAGAGUGCAUUCAGACGAGAAACCGUAUCCGUGUUUGACGUGCGGACGGAAUUUUAAAACGAAACAGUCGCUACUAGACCACACGAAUAGGCAUUUAGGAGUGAAACCGUACACUUGUGAAACUUGCGGACGGGGUUUUAUCACGAAGGGGCUCUGCAAGGCGCACCAGAAGGUGCACACGGGCUUGGACAACCGGAAAUACUCCUGCAAAGUUUGCAACAAGAUGUUUGUGUCGAAGAGUUACUUGCAGACGCAUUUGCGCAUUCAUACGGGCGAAAAACCCUUCAUUUGCGAGGUUUGUGGCAAGGGUUUUUUGACGAAGGUGGAUUUACGAAUUCACACAACGAUGCACACGGGUGAAAAAUCGUACGUUUGUGAGAUGUGUGGCAAGGCUUUCGCUCGAAGAGACGCCUUGAGGUGUCACAGGAGGUCGCAUACAGGCGAGAGGCCUUACAGUUGCGACUUGUGUGGACAAACCUUUACCCAGUUUACACCCAUGGCUAUCCAUAAACGUCUCCAUACGGGCGAAAGGCCGUACGCUUGUGAAAGUUGUGGGAAAACUUUCGUAUCCAGAUCCACGAUGAUGUCUCAUGCCAAAAAACACAGGUAGAAGCGUCAAUCUCAAUCGUAAAAGACUGUCUAUUUAUUGUGCUGUAUUUUAUCAUUUACAACUUUACUUUUCUUUGGAUCCACAAUACACUUGCGAUUAAUUUGUA